AUGAAGACUCCCAGUCUCCUCCUCGCAACGCUCGCAGCAGCCUCUUCCGUCAUCGCCGUCCCUCAAAUUGACCCGUCACCAUCCCCAUCGCGAGCUAGCAGCAGACUACCUAGUAACCCUAGUCCCUCUCGACUGCCUUCGACUCCUUCUCCACGGCCAAGGUCCAGCUUGCCUAUUCGAUUCCCUUCAGUCUCUUCCUCUCCACGACCCGCCUCGUCGAGUGCUCCGUCGGUUUCGCUCUCGACUUCCGCUCUUACCUGUCCGCCUGAAAGAACGGUCACAGAUACUACCACGGCCACCGUCACUUUCACCGUAACCACCUGUCCAACAGCCGCCUCCUCUGCACAACCCAUCAUUCCAGCACCAGCACCACCAGCAAGCGCGCCAGCUCCCCCUCCAGCCCCAGCUUCACCCUCCUCACCCUCCCGCCCAGCUGCCCCAUCCACUACUUCAUCACGCACACCCUCUUCAGCUCCCGGCAUCACCAGAGCCGUUGAAACCUCCCCUUCACCGUCUCCCCGAAGCUCAACCCUACUCCCAUCGUCCACGCCACGACGACCCUCCUCCUCUGCUCAAAUCCGCACCUCAUCUGCCUCCCCAACCCGAUCUAGCUCCGCCGUCAUCAGGCCAAUCACUGAAUCGAGUCCGUCAGUACAACGCCCCGCGGCCCCAGCAACACCGUCUUCUUCAAUCGUCGUGGCCGCGCACCCCGUCGAGUCGACUGCGCUUGCUGUUGCUCCGAGACCAGCUCCAUCUCCGUCGCCGUCGGUGGUUAGGAGGUCGGGGUUGAUGAAUAGGCGCGUAGCGCACCGGGAUCAUAGGUUUCAUAGAUAUUAA